UAUCCUAUGUAACGGUGAUCCUAUGUUUAGCUGCCUCGUGGGUCUUGGGUUGCGCCGGUUGGUCCCCCUCACUUUCCGUAGCUCAAGUCAAGCGCGAGAAUCGUCUUGCCUUAUGGACCUGGGGUCCCUUCGGAAAAACUACAGAGGGGAUGAGGAGGCUUUUGAGGAGAAACACCUUUCCUCCCUUGACCCCAUUAAGCAGUUCUCUGUAUGGUUUGAAGAGGCCUUGAAGUGUCCCUCCAUUGGGGAAGUCAAUGCAAUGUGUUUGGCCAAUUGCACAAGGGAUGGAAGGCCCUCUGCUCGAAUGCUCCUUUUGAAGGGGUUUAGCCAGGAAGGCUUUCGCUUCUUUACCAACUACGAGAGCCGUAAGGGAAGGGAACUGGACAGCAACCCGUUUGCUUCAAUUGUCUUCUACUGGGAGCCCCUCAACCGUCAGGUGCGUAUCGAGGGCUCCGUGGAGAAGCUACCCGAGAAGGAGGGUGAGAAAUACUUCCACUUGCGACCAAAGAGCAGCCAAAUUGCAGCUGUUGUGAGCAGGCAAAGUACAGUGGUUGCAGACAGAGAGUAUUUGCGGAAGAAAAAUACAGAACUUGAAGAGCUGUACCGUGAGGCCCCAGUGCCUAAGCCGGCAUACUGGGGAGGCUACAUCCUGAAGCCGGAAGUCAUAGAGUUCUGGCAGGGUCAAACCAACCGUCUGCAUGACCGCAUUGUUUUCCGAUACCUCCAGAACAGCAGCACAUCCUUGGGGCCCAUGACCCAUAAAGGGGCUGGCAAUUGGGUGUAUGAGAGACUUUCACCUUGAAAACAUAUGGCCGGGGGGGGGGGGGGGGGGCAGCGGAUGUUGCCCUUUUUACUUGGAAUCGUUGUGCCAAAGGCUUUUCUCCCCACCCCUCUGCACACCUGAGAUGGAACAGGCAGCUAAAGAGAUAGUGGAAUGAGCGUUGAGCUCGAAGUGAUUAUGAUGACCCUGGGCCCAACUUUUAUCUUACUCUGUCUUGGAGUUGUGAGGAUAAAAUUGGGCUAAUUGCUGUCUACACCACUCUGGAAUGAGCGGUGCACAUGGCAAUGAAUGGAAAUAAGCUACUUUAGCACAUGGCUUAAUUGCAUAUUUUAAACAUCUCCCAAAUCUGUCAUGAAACCCAGCCCCAAGGAACCCUGGGAAAUACAGUUCUAUGAAGGCAAUUGGCUGCCUUAAACCCCUAGAAUGAUACUUUCCAAGAUAUUGGAGGUUGGGAAGCUGUGACUGUUUCAAACAGGCCUAAUUUUAUAGUGUGCAUGUAUCUUCUACAUCAAGGGAUCCUGAAUAUAUGGCCCCUGUAAUCACUUUUAGAAAUUUUAGAGUAGAUGGUGAGUGCCACCACACAGUGGUUGGUACGGAACGGCGAGGCCAAACCCAAAAUGUUGGCCAUUUCCUCCCACAAUGGCUGCACACAUCUCCCUGGAGGCUCAACAGUCACACCCCCUGAGUGCUUUUAAGCCAGCGUGGUGUAGUGGUUGAGAGCAGGUGGAUUCUAAUCUGGAGAACUGGGUUUGAUUCCCCCCUCCACCUGAGAGGCAGAGGCU